AUGGCAGCUGCCGAUGUCCUAAAUGUUGUGUCACUGUUUGGUCUUAAAGCUUUGCCGAUUAUAGAUCGUUUCAUAUGGGCUUAUAUCGAGAUGAUUUCUGGAGACAAAGUUUGCAAAGUGCUUUCAUUUUUCGUCAAUUACUCAAUGCUGGUUUCCUUCAUUACACUAGUAAUAAUAACUAUUGAACGAUUUAGAGCAUCUCGACAAACUUUACAUGUAUCACGGCCAUACACUAUAAAACAGCGCCUGGCGGUUGUUGCUGGUUCUUGGGUAAUAUCAGGCGCACUAGCUUCUUACGACACGCCAUUUAGAACUAUUGAAGAAAGUUUUGCUGGUUCCUAUGCGUGCAAAGGAAGCCAUAAAGCACCAGUUGUUUUAAUUAUCGCUGUAUUUACCAUACUUGUUGUUGCAUAUUUUUUUAUUAUCAUUCUAAGCGCUCUUACGUUAAAAAGGCUCUCGCACCGGCACGAAAUUGAAGCAAAUUUGUCUGAGUUUCAGAGGAGAGCGAGGGCGAAAAGGAUUUCUGGUGCUGUCAAAAUGGUGUUGUCCUCGCUGUUGCUUUACACUGUUUGCUACGUUCCAGUUGUUUUUUGGAGCUUUAUAAUACUUUUUCCAAAUAUCACCAUUGUUGAAAAUUACCACUGCUUUGAAUUUUAUGUAUUUGACUUUUUAAUGGCUUUUCUCCCACUUGUCAAUUCUUGUCUUGGUCCUGGUAUCUACUUGAUCUUCUUGGCUGACUUUCGCGAAGCAGCGAAAAAAGUGGUUUGCAGAUGUAAUAGUAAUGCAGUGGGACCUUGA